UUCUAUCACCAUCAAACCACACCAUCUUUACCCCAUAUGCGCCUCCAUCUCUAAUUCCUCUCACCAACCUUUCAUCUCUCUCUCUUUUAUUUUCAUUUCAGAUUUCAAAUCUUGCCUUCCUUUUUUUCGUUUGUUUUAUUUUCCUCUCUUUUUUAAUUUAAAUUUGUUAUUUUUUUUUGUUUUUGGUUUUUGGGGUAAGAAUUAUUGAGAAUGGGGUGUACAAGCUCCAAACUGGACGAUCUUCCGGCGGUUGCUCUCUGCCGUGACCGCUGCGCCUUCCUCGACGCAGCGAUUCAGCAGCGUUACCAAUUAUCCGAUUCCCACGUGGCGUACACUAACUCCCUCAGAGGAAUCGGCCACUCACUCCACCUCUUCAUCAACCACCACCACCGCUUCGUCUCUUCCGGCGGAGCCAACGGCGGAGGAGGAGGAGGAGGAGACUCUCCGAGACUCAACCUCCCUCCUCAGAGAAAAGGCGACCCCGACGAAGAAGAAGAAGAAAAAUCUCCUCCCAAGAAAGCAAAGCUACCUUCCUCUCACCAAAACCACUCCGGUUCGGGUUCCGAUUCGGGUCAUCUCGAAUUCGAUUCGGAUUCGGACUCCGACGACGAUGACGACGACGAAGAAGGCCACCUGGAUUUGGAUUCGGACUCUUUACAUCAUCUCUCUCCUCAACCACCACAACAUCACCUCGGUCAUUUCCCGAUACAACACGAGUCCGGGCCUUACAUGGCCCAACAACCAUACCCGAAUCCGGAAAUGAUGGGCCAUCAUCAGCUUCCUUACUCAGGAGGAAGCUAUAUGCAUAUGAAUUACAUGAAGAACAAGUCCAUGCCUCCUUCUGUAAUCUUUGAGCAAAGACCAAGCAGCCCUCAAAGAGUCUACGAAGGUGAAUCAUCAUCAUCUUCUUCUAAUUAUCCUUACAACAAUCCUUAUCCUCCUCCUAAUUCGUAUUACGGAUACUCAAAUAACCCCGGACCGGGACCCGGUUACUACGGUUCUUCAUCAAGUGGUGGUACCACCUCUAAACCGCCUCCGCCUCCUCCUUCGCCUCCUAGGUCUAACGGCUGGGAUUUUCUGAAUCCGUUCGAUACUUAUUACCCUCCGUAUACUCCGAGUCGUGACUCGAGAGAGCUCAGGGAGGAAGAAGGUAUACCGGAGCUGGAGGAGGACGAUUCAGGCUACGAGGUUGUUAAGGAAGUUCACGGGAGGCCGAAGUUCGCCGUCCCCGGCGGUGGGAUUAAUAAUCAACCGCCUCCCGCCGCCGUGUACAGGGAGGAGGAGCCUCCUUUGAUUCCUUCUCAGCCUCAUCCGCCGUCGGUUGCUGAUAAAUCAGGGGCUAGCACUAGCGGUGGCGGAGAUGCGGCGGAUGCGGCGAUGUAUCAGUCGAGACCGUCGAGCGUGUCGGUGGAGAAGAAAGGUGUGGAGUACGAAGUGCACGUCGUCGAGAAGACGGUUGUUGAAGACGCUGGAAACGAAGAGAGACGGAGCAAUGCCGCGGGGACACGUGGCGGCGGUGGUGGAGGAGGAGUGGGAGGAGGGCCACGUGCGGUGCACGAGGUUGCUAAAGAGAUUGAGAAUCAGUUCGUGAAGGCUGCGGAGUCAGGAAGCGAGAUCGCUAAGUUGCUUGAAGUGGGGAAGCAUCCUUACGGUCGUAAACAUGCAGCUUCUAAAUUGUUACACGGUGUAACUCCUUCGCUACCUUCUACCUCUGGAGGAGGCUCUUCUUCUGCUGCUGCCUCUACUGCGCCGCCUACUUACGCAGACAUUGAAGAAGAGCUUGCUUCAAGGUCGAGGAAUCUUUCUUCUACAUUGCAUAAGCUCCAUCUAUGGGAGAAGAAGCUUUACCACGAAGUGAAGGCUGAGGAGAAAUUGCGUGUAGCUCACGAGAAGAAGCUGAGGAAGCUAAAGCGUUUGGAUGAAAGAGGUGCUGAAGCUACCAAAGUAGACACAACUCGAAAGUUAGUGAGAGACAUGUCAACGAAGAUACGGAUCGCGAUUCAGGUGGUGGAUAAAAUCUCUGUGACGAUUAACAAGAUUAGAGACGAGGACUUAUGGCCGCAGCUUAAUGCAUUGAUUCAAGGGCUUACAAGAAUGUGGAAAGCAAUGUUUGAGUGUCAUCAGAGUCAGUGUCAGGCCAUUAGGGAAGCUCGAGGGUUAGGUCCUAUAAGAGCGAGCAAGAAACUCGGUGAAGAACAUCUAGAGGCAACGAGUUUGCUAGGACACGAGCUUAUUAACUGGAUAUUGGGGUUCUCUAACUGGGUCAGCGCGCAGAAAGGUUAUGUAAGAGAGUUGAACAAAUGGCUCAUGAAGUGUCUUCUCUACGAACCCGAGGAGACGCCUGAUGGUAUCGCUCCUUUCUCACCUGGUCGUAUCGGAGCUCCACCGAUAUUUGUGAUAUGUAACCAGUGGUCUCAAGCUCUGGACAGGAUAUCCGAGAAGGAAGUUAUCGAGGCGAUGCGUAGUUUCACCACGAGCGUGCUUCAGCUCUGGGAGCAAGAUCGGUUAGAGACGACUACGAUGGGGCAUGGUGAUUCUGAGAAGAGAGUUAGGAACAUGGACAGGGAAGAACAGAAGAUACAUAGAGAGAUUCAGGCGCUGGAGAAGAAGAUGGUUCUGGUUGCACCUGGUGAUGGGACUAAUAGUCUUUCUUUAUCUGGGAACGUUGUCUAUCAGAGCGAUACUAGCAACGAGAGUUUACAAGGUAGUUUGCAGCGGAUUUUUGAAGCUAUGGAGAGAUUCACUGCUGAAUCUGUGCGAGCUUAUGAUGAUCUCUUAGUGCGUGCUGAAGAAGAAACUGCUCCACGAGAACUUGAGGAAGAUGAUGAGGAAUAAUAAAAGCAUAAACAGGAGAGGAAGAUCUUUGCUUUGUUUCUGAUCUUGCAAUGCUGGAAUACUUGCCUAUGCAGUGUUGGUAUACUAGAAAAUCAUCUUAGACUCAGGCAAGAAGAGCCCCCAUCAUGAUGAUGAUCUAAGAGGAGGCAGAAAGGGAGACUACAGCCAAAUGUUCGGUUUAUAUAGAUGCGGUUUACUGUAAAUUGGCUUUGAACCGGGUGGUUUACGUUGCUGUGGUUAGAUGAAGGUUUGAUAACUUGUCACUUUUACCACAUAUGAUGCAGGAUGCAGAUAUUAGUUCGAGUCUUAAUAAUUUUAAAAUUAGGGCCGUGUAUACAUAAGACGUUUAGGAUGAAACUUUUGGUAGUGUUCUCAACAAUUAUUUUGUAAAAUCCGAAGGUAGCUCAGGGCAAGUCUCUCUUUCUUUUAACAUAAGAUUAAAAAUUAUGUAAUCAUUUUACGAUAAGUUACAAACUAUUACCAAUCA